AUGGUGAAGUCUAAGCACGCAGAUAACUGUUUUGCCCACGCCCAGCUCAGACACAAUACGGCUUCGGAGAGUUAGAGAAGCACUGGAUCUCUGAAUAACUCCCUUCAAAAAAUCUUCGCGAUGUUCCUCGUUAAAGCUUUGCUGAGUGGAGGAAGUGGUAGUGGUCAUGGAGGGAGCCUUGCACGUGGCCUUGGAGGUCUCCUAACAGGAGGUGGACGUGGAGGGAAUCUUGGAGGACUUGUUGGAGGUCUCGUCAAUCUUAUAAGUGAAGCAGCAGCUCAGUAUAAUCCAGAGCCACCUCCACCUCCUCACAAUCAUUUUACGAAUGUGGAAGCUUAUGAGAGUGAGGAGAUCAGACAGUUUCGUCGUCUUUUUGCCCAGCUGGCUGGAGAUGAUAUGGAAGUGUGUGCCACAGAGCUAAGGGACAUCCUGAACAAAGUGGUUUCCAGACAUCAAGACUUGAAGACAGAUGGCUUCAGCUUAGACACAUGCCGUAGCAUGGUAGCUGUCAUGGACAGUGAUACAAAUGGCAAACUGGGCUUUGAAGAGUUUAAGUAUCUGUGGAACAACAUCAAGAAAUGGCAAUGUGUAUACAAGCAGUAUGAUACCGAUCAGUCUGGCACUGUUGGGAGAGCUCAGCUACCAGACACCUUGAAGGCUGCAGGGUUCCACCUGAACGAACAACUCUGCCAGGUAAUCGUGCGCAGGUAUGCCGAUGAGGACGGUAGCAUGGAUUUCAACAACUUCAUUAGCUGCUUGGUACGACUGGACAGCAUGUUCCGGGCCUUCAAGUCCCUGGACCGAGAUGGAGAUGGACAGAUCAAAAUGACCAUUGAAGACUGGCUGCAGCUGACCAUGUAUUCUUGAAGGCACAGCA